AUGAAUGCCAGCUCGCACAAUGUCAGCUUGAUUCCAAACAUGAUCGAGGAUGGAGAAGGAUGGUUCGCUGUCACUAUGGGCACAGGCAUCGUCUCGAUUCUGUUGCAUAAUCUCCCCUACAAUGGGAUAUGGAUCUAUUGGAUCUCAGUCGGGAUCUUUGCAUCAAAUGUGUUACUGUUUACCUUGGGCUGCAUCAUUAGCAUCCUUCGCUAUGCAUUGUACCCGGAGAUCUUCAUGGUGAUGAUCACACACCCAGUGCAGUCCAUGUUCAUCGGAACUUUCCCGAUGGGCCUCGCCACAAUCAUCAAUAUGAUUGUAUUUGUCUGUGUUCCUGCAUGGGGAGAAUGGACGAGAUACUUUGCCUGGGGGCUAUGGAUAUUUGACGCCGUGAUUUCCGUGAUGACAGCCUUGUCCUUGCCCUUUAUACUAAUGGCACAGGGAAAUGAAACACCCCUGUCUUCCAUGACCGCCGUCUGGCUUCUUCCCAUCGUGAGCUGCAUUGUGGCCGCCUCAUCAGGUGCUAUUGUCGCCGAAGUACUCCCAAACCCAGAAUAUGCACUAUGGACCGUUCUCACCAGUUAUGUGCUCUGGGGCAUUGGACUGCCUCUCGCCAUGAUGGUCACGGCCAUUUAUCUCCAGCGCUUGACGUUACACAAGCUACCACCAAAGGCUGUCAUCGUGAGUGUGUUUUUGCCCUUGGGCCCUCUGGGACAAGGCGGAUAUGGUAUGAUGAAGUUGGGUCAAUGCGCUCGAGAUAUUUUCCCCAAAACCCACACCUUAGAAGAAGGUUCCGGACCCACCUUCUACACCCUCGGCUUUCUGGUCGCCUUGAUCCUAUGGUCUUUUGGGCUAGUCUGGCUCUUCUUUGCAUCAGCGUCAAUCGCCCGCUGCAAGAAAUUCCCCUUUAACCUUGGAUGGUGGGGAUUGACCUUUCCGUUGGGCGUGUAUGCAGCCAGUACCAGCCAGAUUGGGACUGAGCUUCCAUCCAAAUUUUUUGCAGUGUUGGGAACGAUAUUCUCCCUUUGUGUGGUGCUACUUUGGGUCAUUGUGAGCAUUGGAACCCUGCUCGGGGUGAUAUCGGGUAAGAUAUUUUUUGCACCGUGUUUGGCCGGACUUCGGGUAGUAGAGGAGAAAGAAGUGGGUAAAGCGGCAUGA